AAAGGAGACAUGUGGUGUAUGCUCAUAUCCAAACGGACCGUCAUACUAUUACCGGUCGCUGCCACCUUGGUGAGCAGUUAUCGACAGGUUGCCUGGCGAUUGAAUUCAUGAAUCUGGCAUCCCGUCGAGUAGCUCUAUGCCGCAGCUGGAGCUAUAUAACGCAGAGCUGCAAACUCACAUCAAACAAUGUCCCCGUCGAGUACUAUAGCAGUAGUCGCGUCUAGGGCCGUACAAAAUUUGAGAAUCGUAACUUCUGUUUUACAAGGUUUGGCCAUAUCGUUGACCGUUUUCAGGCUUUGGUAUCGGAUACGACUACAACGAGCUUGGUGGGAGGAUGGAUGGGCUGCGAUAGCCCUUCUAUGGGGUACCUUGUUUUUGAUCGCUGACUGGGUGUAUCUGACAUCGCCCAGUGGAAACACGUCCUUGGCAGCUUAUUGGGUGUAUAUGUUUUCUUUCACAUGUGUUCUCUGGGCGGUGCGCAUGAGUCUUGUGUUUUCAGUAGUACGGAUGAUGUCUCCUUCACCACUACGGCGACGUCUCGCUUUCGGAAUUGGCGGACUUUUCGCGAUGAUGUGGGUGGGUCUGCUUGUGCAAAAGGUAUAUAUGUGUGGUCAUAUAAUCGGCUGGCACAAGACUUGCCACUUGAUGCGGCCCAUGGUGAUAGUUGAAGUUGGUUCUGACUGUAUAUCAGACACAAUCUUGGUCGUCAUACCACUUCGAUUACUAUGGCACGUCAACUUGCCUAGACAACAACGUAGAAUGAUUCUAUCUCUCUUCUCUUCAAGUAUCGUGAUAUCUUUGGGUUCAAUCCUUCAUGCAGCCGCUCAGAUAACUUGUCUGUAUUCUCUGAUUGGUCCCGCGUCAAAUUUUGAGGUUGCAUUAUCUAUGAUCGUGUGCAAUCUCCUAGUUGCUGUAACAUCCGUGUACCGUGUUUUUCGAGACGAACUGGACAUGUUUGAUGGAACCAGCGAGGAAACUAGGGACACGAGCGCGGCAUCACAACUCACUUCCAUUGACCUCAAUCAUCUCACGUCUGAGAUGACUCAGGGUUGGACGCUGGCUUCUUCUUCAUAUGCAUCUGAUGAACCUCCUUCAAACGUUUCCAACAAACCACCAGACUAGGUGAUCGAACAGUCUUUUUGUUUAACACCUUCAAAGGAAACGGUGGAAGGAAAAUAAUCGGACGUCGAUGUAACGAUGAGUGGUAUUCGGAUUUACAUUGCGGGG